UAUAGCAUAAGUUGAUUCCUUGUAAAUUUUGUUUAAAGUGAAUUAACCAGAGAGAAUCCAGUUAACUCUGGGUAUAUUGACAUAAUGAAUGUUCUAGAAAAUGAGACCAUGGAUUUUGGAGUUGAGUGAUCCUUUAAGAUCAUUUAAUUUUCCUAUGUGACCUCUCUUCUCUGUUUCAAUGCUAUAUGUCAAACUUCGGAGUUAGGAAACCAUAUAUAUCACAUUUUCUGAGAGUAUCUACUUAAGAUAUGCUAGCUUUCUUAAAUGUACUUGACUCUGUAUUCUAAUUUGUGAUUGGGAACAUACGACACCAUACCUGGACCUCUAGGGAAUGACUGGUUCCAGAGAAGAUGCUCAUAGGGCAAAGCAGGCCACUUGGAAGGCUUGUUUCUUUGAAAUCUUGCCUCCAUACACUCUACUUUAUGCCAAGUUGUCCAGCCCAGUCCUAGUAGAGUUGUAAAGGAGGUCUUCCCUGAGCAUUGGCUGUCAGGGCAGAGCCCGUGAGCAGUUGCAUGAAGGGACAGCAGAUGGGCAUGUCUCAGAGAGGAGACUGAAGCAGCUCUCACAUUGGCUGGGCCCUGUCAGGUUUACCUUGGAAUGUCCAUUGUGAUGUCAUAUGGAGUCACAACCUUGAAGGAGAACAUUGUUUGGCUGAGAGGGGCAUGGGGUUGAGUAAUGGCACCGAUUUGGGGGCUGGCCAUCCCGCCUCCAUCAUAUGUCAGCCCUCUACUAUUAUUUGGUUUCCUUGUUUGGGGGCUUUGGCUGCUCUUUUUUGGGAGACAGAGCAGGAAGCAGGUGGUAGCCAAGACAGACUCAGAGACUUCAAAGCAGCAUAAAUUGAAAAAGAUCCAGAAAUUCACAGGUCAGAAAGAUCCUAUCCUUUAUUCUUCAGUUCAAGCUUCCCAGUGGGAAGAAAAUCUCAGGAUGGUUUGCCCUGAAGCUAAUCUGACACACUUUUCAGGACUCCCUGUGGGAUGGGCCCAGGAAUAUAUACUCUGGUCAAUGGACAGAAGUCUUCAACAGAUCUUCCAACAUCUGGAAUGUGCAAGAUCAAGUCUUAUGGAAUUGUGUUUGCCUGAACCACAGGAUAUGAUUUCUUCCUCCACCUCCUCUGUGCUUGUGGCUCAGGAGCCUAUUCUACCCUGUUGUGGCUGUAAGAAGGCAAAACAUUCUACUGACCACAGCAUCUCCUCUGGAUCAUCAUGCAACAACUCCAGCCUGUCACACCUUCCUGUCUUUUCUGAAGGAACAACCGGGAAACUCCGGAGCCAUAGUUUACCUCUUUUACCCAAAAACCAGUCUUCUGUGUUUAGGAACCAAGGCACAUCCCUGCGUCCUUUUCAGCUCUCAGAGUUUGGGAAAUCAAAACUUUUUCAGAAUUUGGCAGCUCAUUCACCCUUAAGAUCCCAAAGCUCUUUUAUCAACUCUGUGUUCGAAUCCCCAGAUCUCUGCCAACAAGAAAAAACAAAGAAUGGGAGAGAGAGCAAGAAGCAUUUGACAUCGGAUCAUAGGCCAGAUUUUGUUUUCAAGGCAAGACCACGAUUCUCGGGAUGGGCUCCAAUCCGGCUCUCUCCUUUGGCUAGGUGGGAGUUAGAGGGACAUAUGGCCUGGAAGGUUUAUACUUUGAGGGAACAAAUAGUGCCUCUGCCUGUGAGGGAAUCAUGGGCAAUGCUGAAUUAUUUAAUUGAGGCACAAGGAGGAGUUCCUGAACCAGAGAAACCUCAAAUCCAGGUAUCUAUUCCCAUUCAUCAAAGCACUGAACAAGGUCUCAACAAUAAAUCCCCAAACUGUCCAUCAUUUCAGCUCCAUGUGAAUAUUGGAGUGGAAUCUGGAUUAAAUAGAACAGAAACAAAAAUUUCACACUCACUUAUCCCAGGUAAGCAGUCACAACCUGGAGAUGGCCCCCAAAUCCUUGAAACCAGGCCCUUAGUUACAUCUUUGGGCACUCCACCUCCCAAGAGUUUAGGAGCUGACAUAAUUCAAGAGGAAACCACUUUACUGCAGAAGGAGCCAAAACAUGUCCUGGAACCUAAUAUAGAGCAGAGGGUCAUAGAUCUUCCAGAAAAAAGAAUACAACAGCGUAAGACCCACGUGACUAAUGUGGAGUUGACCCCAAGGCUACCAUAUCAAGUUACAGAUAGCAUAAAGGUAACUCCUUUGGCAUUACUUCAAGUCAUGGAUUCAAUGGGGAUGAUCCCAGAAUCACAUUCAGAAGUGAGAGAAUCUGUGGGUUUGUUCCCACAGCCACCAGACAAAGUUGGGAAACCAAUGGAAACCAUGAAAAAAGUGAGUGUAGGCACAAAACCAUCAUAUCAAGUCACUGAAUCAGUGGAGGUAACACCAAGUCCUCAGCAUCAAGUUAUGAAAUCAAAGAUGACCUCAAGAGCACUGAGUCAAGUCACAGAUAAUGUGGAGGUAACUCCUGUAGCAUUGCUUCAAGUCAUGGAUUCUAUGGGGAUGAUUAAUAAAUCACAUGCACAUAUCAUAGAAUCAGUGGGAAUAACCCCAAGAACAUCAUCUCAAGCCAUGCAAUCAGGGGAAAUCAACACAUUGUUGGACCAUGAAGUCAUACCACCAGGAAAGAUGAGUCCAAAGGCACAACAUGCACUUGUGGAAACUGUGGAAAUCACUGUAGGACCACAGCCUGAAGUUAGUGAAUCAGUGGACAUAACCUCAAAGCCACAAAGUCAAAUCAUAGAACCACUGAAGAUUCCUUCAGGGUCAGUAUGUCAAACCACAAGAUCAUUGGAAAUGAUCUCCAGUCCAUUGCAUCAAGUUAUGGAUUACACAAAAGUAACUCCAGUGGCACUAUUACAAGCUAUGGAUUUCAUGGGGAUAAUUCCACCAGCACAGCCACAUGUUACAGAAUCUGGAGAUUUGAACUCCAGUUCACAGUUGCAAGGUCUGGAAUAUGUUCAUUUGGCCCUACCAUCCGAGUUUCCAGAUAUGAAAGCUGUGGAGUUGACCAUAAGACCACUACAGGAAGAUAUGAAAUCUGUGGAGUUGGCCCCAAAGCCAUGGUUACAAGAUGAAAGAUCUAAGGAGACAGCCCCAGUACUAUUGCUUAAAGAUGUGAAAUUUCCUCAAAUGGUAGAAUGUAGAAAGUUGAUUCCCAAAACACAGGUAGAAGGUAUGAAAUAUGAGGAGCCGAUCUCAGCGGCACACAUUCAAGCAGUAAAAUCUGUAGAGCUGGACCUCAUGCCAAAUCAUCAAGCCACAGAACCUGAAGGAUUGACCCCAUUGCAUCAAGCUUUAGAAUCUUCAAAAAUGAUCACAGAGCCAGGAUGUCAAGGAGCAGAAGCAGAGUUGACCUCUGACACUUGUCACCACGGGAAAGAAUCUAUGGAGUUGAAAAAAUCAUCUUUAAGAGGUGCUCCAGGGCCAUUGAGUCAGACUUCAGAAUCUAUGCAGGUGAACUCAGUGCCAUUCCAAGGUGCUCUUGAGACAAUGCUCCAAGGUGUAAAAGCCUUAGAGACUCGAGGGUCUCAACACAUAAUACAAGAAUCUCCAGAGUUGGUACCAGAAUCAGAGAUGCAAGGAAUGAACCCAGAAGUGUUGAACCCAGAGUCCCAAGGUAUGAAGUUUGUUCAUCUGAAUCUAGGACCAUGCCUUCAAGUUUUUGAGCCUUCAGAGAUACCCCUAAGGUCAGAAUAUGAAAACACAGAACCUUUUGGGUUGGCAUCGUUUCAAGUUGAAAAUACCCAGGAGCCAAUGCCAGUACCACCAUAUUCAGUAAAAGGAUCUCCAGAAUUGACUUUAGGACCAGGAAUGCAAUAUGAGAAAUCAGAGCCACUAAUGCAAAAUUUGAAAUCUGUGACGUUAACCCCUGAGUCAUCCCCGUUAGUGGUAGGAUCUAAACAAUUUCUCACAGGACCAAAAUUACAUGUUCUGGAGUUGACCCCAGAGCCACAGUUGCAGGGAGUAAAGUCUAUGCAGCUGGAUCCACAGCCACAAUUACAAGAUGUGGAAUAUGUUAAUUUAAUCCAACAACCAGCUACUACUGGAAUGGUAGAAUCUGAGAAGCUGGUACAAGAACCAGUAUUACAAAGUAUAAUAUCAGAGGAAUUGACUAAGGGGGCACAGCUUCAGGGUGUGAAAUUGACCCCAGGGCCACAUUUGCAAAGUGUCAGAUUUUCAGAGUCAUCUCCAGGGCCACUUCUUCAAGGAGAAAAACCUGUAGAUUUAAUCUCAGGGUCCCCACAUCAUAGUGUGAAAUCUGAUGAACUGACCCCAGGUUCCCCAAUGCAAGAAAUCAAAUUGUCAGAUUUUAUCCCAGGGCUGAAGCAUCAAAGUGUUAUGUCUGUACAAUUGUCUCCAGAACUACAAACUCAAGGUAUGAAAUUUGUGGAACAAAACUCAGGACUAUGCUUGCAAGAUGUCAGGUUUUCUGAUUUGACCUCAGCACCAAAGCAUCAAGGUUUCAAACAUGUACAAUGUAUACUGGGAACACAGCUUCAAGAUAUACAGUCCUUAGGAUUUGUAACAGAAUCAUCUUUGCAAUCAAGCCAAGGGCUCUUGAGUGAAAAUAUGAAAUCUCUUCUGUCUAUUGAAGGAUCACAGUUUCACAGCAUGGAAUCUAUGAAAUUGACCUCAGAACUACAGUUUCAAGGUGUGAAGUCUCAGGAACUGAACCUAGGGCCAAGACAGCAAGAUGUCAAAUUUUCUGAACUGACUUCAGGGCCAAAGCUUCAAGGUGUCAAAUUUGGGGAGCAAACCCCAGGAUCAGUGUUUCAAGGUGUGAAUUCUGUGGAGAUGACUCCAGAGUUAGGGCUUCAAGAAUCUAAAUUAGCAAAGAUGUCUCCAGGGCUUCAAGAUAUAAAACAGGUGGGGCUUAACCCAGGGCCAUGGCUACAAGAUGUCAAAUUUUGUGAUCUGACAUCAGGAACUCAACCUCAAGGUGUGAAAUCUUCAGACUUAAACUCAGGGCCACAACUCCAAUAUGUGAAAUUUUUUGAGUUGACCCCAAAGCCAAAGAUGCAAGGAGUAAGAUCUAUGGGGUUGUCCCCAGGACCUCAAAAGCAAGUGGUCAAGCCUGAGAUGUUACCAGAGACACUGUUUCAUGGUGUAAAAAAUUUAGUGAUGGAUCAAAUGUCAAACCUGGAAGGUAACAUUUCUUAUAAAAUUGUCUCCCAGCCACAGAAACCAGAUGCAAAAUCUAUGGAGUUGACUCCUGAGUCACAGUUGCCAAGUGUAAACUAUUCUGAGUUGACUAGAAGACCACAGUUUCAAGGUAUAAAAUCUUCUGAAUUGAUCCAAGGGCCACAGGUGGGAGGUGUGAAACCAAUGGAGCUGACCCCAGGCUCAAAACUUCAAGGUAUAAAAUCUGAGUUGUUGAUCUCUGAGCUGAAAGAUGUGAAAUCUGUGGCCUUAACUACAGGACAGUGUCUAAAAGGUAUGAAAUCUAUGUUGCUAACCCCCAGUCCACAGCUGGAGGGUGAGAAAUCUGUGGAGAUAACUGCAGGACCAUGGAUAGAACAUGUCAAAUCUGUGAAAAACACUGAAGAUACCAAGCUUCAAGGUGCAAAAUCUGAUUUGAUUCUGCAUGCAAGAAUUCAAGAAUCCAAAGCUGUGGAAACUGUGGAAUUGAAAUUUGGGCCAAAGAUGCAAGGUGAGAUAUCUGUGCCUUUUGCACCAGGGCCAUUGCUCCAAGGGUCUGAACUGCAAGGUGUGAAACCUGAGGAACUGACUUUAGAGCCACAAACACAAGAUACAAAAUUUGUCAACAGUACCCCAUGUUUAAAGCAUCAAAAUUUAAAAUCUGUAGAGGAAACUCCAGAUUCAGAGCUGCAAUAUGUAAAAUCUGUGAAGUUGACCCCAAGGCUAAAGAACCAGGAAGUAAAAUCUGUGAAAGUGACCAGAAGACCAAAGUUGCAAGGAGUAAAAGCUGUGGAUUUAGCCCCAAGGCAACAGUUUCAAGGGAUGGCACUUGCAAAUUUAACUUCUGGACCAGAACAGGAUGGCACGAUAUCUGUAAUCUCACCAAAGCAGCAAUGUGUGAAUUCAGAGCAAUUGAAGAGAGGGGCUAAGUCAGAUGAUGGAAUGUCUUUGGAGUUAAUUCCAGAGCUAAAACUUAAAGGUAAAAAAUUAGUAGACCUCAAUUUUGAGUUACAGUUUGAAAGUAUGAAAUCAUUUGAAUUGACUUCAGAAUCAAAUAUUCAAGGUUUAAAACCUAAAGAAUUCAAACUUGAACCAGUUGAACCACAGUUGCAAAGCAUAAAGUCUCCUAAGUUGACCCCAGGGCCACCGUUGCACCAAAUAAAACCCUCAGAGUCAGCUUCAGAACCACAACUUUAUGUAAAAACCGCUGAGUUAAAACAAGAGCCACUGCUUGAAAGUAUGAGAUGUAUUCAGUGGAUACCAGGACCUAAGUUCCAAGCUGUGAAAUCUGUAGAGUUAAAUCUUGAGUCACAGUUUCAAGGUGUUAAAUCUAUAGGGUUGAAAUCUUUGAUACAGUUAAGAGAUAUGAAGUCAUCUGAAUUGACUCUAGGGCCAAAAACUCAAGGUACAACAUACACAGAGUUCAACCUUGGACCACAGCUGCAGAACGUGAAAACUCCCGAGGUGCUCCCAGGACCACAGCUGCAAAAAGGGAAGGCUUUGGCAUCAACCUCAGAGCCACAGCUUCAAGAUGUAAAAACUAUUGAGUUAAAAAAAGAGCCACAGCUGGAAAGUAUGAGACGUAUUCAGUGGAUACCAGGACCUGAUUUCCAAGGUGUGAAGUCUAUAGGGUUACAAUCUCAAGGUGUCAAGUCUGUAGGGUUGAAAUCUUUGAUACAGUUAAGAGAUAGAAAGUCAUCUGUGUUGACUCCAAGGCCAAAGCUCCAAGAUACAGGACCUUUGGCAUCACUCCAGGAACAUCAGCCUCAAGACUGUGAUUUGAAACCUUGUCUACAGGUUAGAAGUGUGAAAUCAUGUGACCUGACUUCAGGGUCAAAGCUCUGUGAUAUGAAAUCUAUGCCAUUGAAAUCUAGACUUUGCAUGCAUGAUAGGAAAUCUCCUAAAUUGACUGCAGAACCAAAGCAUCAAGAAAUGAAACUCUUACAGUCAUCCCCAGGAGCACAGCUUCAAGUUGUGAAGUCUCUAGUGCUUACAGAAGAGCCACAGCUUCCUGGCAUGAAAUCUGGGGUAUUAAGCCAAGGGUCACAAUUACAAAGCAAUACAAAUAUAGAGUUGAACUCCCCACUACACUUGAAAAGCGUGAAGUCAUCUGAGUUGACUCUUCAGACAAAGCUUCAAGGUAUGAAAUCUGAGAAUUUCAACUCUGGGUCACAGUGGCAAGAUCUAAAAACUUCUAAGUUGUCACCUGAGAUAAAGUCCCAAGAUAUGACAUUUACUGAGUUAAAUACAAGUUCACAGUUGGAAGGUACAACAUUUUCUAAACUGACUGCAGGGACAAAGAUUCAAGGUACCAAACGUACAGAUUUCAACCUUGGGCCAUUGUUACAAGGUGUGAAUUCUUCUAAAAGGACCUCAAAGACAAACCUUCAAAAUGUAAAACAUAAAGAAAGCUGCCCCAGUCCCCAGGUGCAAGUUGUGAAAUCUUCUGACCUGAGCCUGGGAUCAAAGCUUCAAAAUAUGAAAUUGGUGUUCAACCCUGAGCCACAAUUUCAAGGAGUGAAAUGUUCUAAAUUAAUCUCAGAAACAAAGUUUCAAGAUGUGGAAUCUGUGAAGUUCAAACCUGGGCCACAGCUGAGAGGUGUGAAAUCUUCUGAAUUGAUACUAGGGACAAAACUUCAAAAAGUGAAAUCCAUGGAUUUCAAGUCAGGCCCACAGUUGCAAGAUAUGAAAUCUUCUAGGUUGAUCAUGGGUAUAAAACUUGAAGAUGUAAAAUCUAUGAAUUUCAAGUCUGGACCACACUUGCAGGAUGUGAAAUCUUCUCAAGUCAUCGCAAGGGAAAAGCUUCAAGUUGUGAAAUCUGUGGAAUUGAAAUCUAGUCCAAAGUUACAAGGUGAGAAAUCUUCUGAUUUGACCCCGGGGAGGAAGUUUUCAGGUGUGAAAUCAGGCCCACAGUUACAAGAUGUGAAAUGUUCUGAGUUGAUUAUGGGUAUAAAGCUUCAAGAUAAAAAACCUGCAGGGUUCAGUUCUAGAUCACACUUUCAAGGUAUGAAAUCUUCUGAAGUGAUCCCAGGGCCAAAGCUUCAAGAAGUGAAAUCCUCUGAGUUCAACCAUGGUCCAAAGCUACAAGGUGGGAAAUCUGAUUUAACUCAGAAGAGGGAGCUUCAAGGUAUGAAAUCUGUGGAGUUCAACCCUGGACCACAGAGACAAGGUGAGAAAUCUGAUUUGAUGCUAGAGUAUAGGCUUCAAGAUUUGCAAUCUGUUGAGUUAAAACCUAUUCCGCAGUUACAAGGUGUAACAUCUUCUGAAUUAACACCAAAAACAAAGCUUCAAAGUGGAGAAUCUGUGGAGUUCGUUACCAGACCCAUGUGGCAAGAUAUGAAAUCUCUUGAAUUGACUCUAGGUGCAAAGGCCCAAGAUAUGAAAUCUUUGGGGUUUGAGUCAGCCCCACAGUUACAAAAUAGGAAAUUGCCUAUGUUGACACCAGGGGCAUGCCUUCAAGAUAUGGAAUCUAUGAAAUUCAACCCUGGGGCAAAGUUGCAAGGUGCAAAAUCUCCUGAGUCCAUAAAGCUUCAAAUAAUGAAAACCACGGAGGUCAACCAUGACCUAGAAUUCCAGGUUUCAAAACCCUCUGAGUUAGCCUUGGAAUCAAAGAUUUGCAGUGUGAUAUCUUCUGAGUUCAAAGCUGGGAAGCAGUGGCAAGAAGAGAAAUCUUUUGAGUUGAAACCAUGGCCAGAGCUUCAAGGUGUGAAAUUUGUGGUCUACAAUCCUGGACCACAUUUGCAACAUAUAAAAUCUUCAGAAUUAUGCAAAGAGACAAAGCUUCAAGAUGUGAAAUCUAGAGAAUUCAAUCCUGAGCAACAGUUACAAGAUGUGAAAUCUUCUGAGUUAUGCCAGGGAUCAAGGCUUCAAGGUAUGCCAUCUUUAGAGUUCAAUCCUGGGCCACAGUUACAAGAGAUAAAAUCUGAGUUGUGCACAGACAUGAAGCUUCCAUAUGAGCAAUUUCUGGAAUUCAAGCAUCAGCCUAAAUUACAAGGUGGGAAAUCCUCUGAAUUGAAUCCAGGGCCACAGCUUCAGUGUGUAAAUGUUAGGGCAUUCAGCACUGGGCCACAAUUGAAAGGUAUAAAAUCUGAGUUGAAUCCUGGGUCAGAGCUUCAGGGUAUAAAAUCCCAGGUGUUCUGCCUUGGACCACCUGUACAAGGUAUGAAUUCUUCUGCGUUUAUUUCAAAACCAAAAUUUGGAUGCAACUCUGAGCCACCCUUGCAAGGUAUAAACCCUUCUGAAUUAACUUCAGUAUCAAAACUACAAGGUACGAAGUCUUCUGAGUUGAGUUCAGGGACAGAAAUUCCAAGGGAGACAUCUAUGGUGUUCAACCCUGAACCACAUUUGCAAGGUUUGAAAUCUGAAUUGAUUCCAGGGUCAAAGUUUCUUGGUGUAGCACCUAUGGAAUGCAACCCUGAGCCACAGAUUAAGUGUGUAAAUUCUUCUGAGUUGAAUCCAGAGCCCAAAUUACAAUGCAUAAAUUCUAUGGGGUAUGAACUUGGGCCACCUUUGCAAGGUAUACAAUCUUUUGAGUUGACCUCAGGGGUUAAAUGUCAAGGUAUGGGAUCUUUUGAUUUGAAUCUGGGGUCAGAAGUUCUAGGUAUAAAAUCUGUUAUGUUCAACCCUGUGCAACAUUUACAAAACGUGAAAUGUGAAUUGACUCCAGGGACAAAGUUUCAAGAUAUAACAUCACGGGAAUUCAACAGUGGCCCACAGCUGCAAGGUGUGAAUUCUUCUGAUUUGAAUUUAGGGUCAGAACUUCAAUGCAUAAAUUCUAUAAAGUUUAAUCCAGGGCCACAGAUGCAAGGCAUGAAACCCUCUGAAUUGAACCCUACAUCAGAAUAUCAAGGUACAAAAUCUAUUCUGUUCAACCCUGGGCCACAUUUGCAAGGUGUAAAAUCUGAGUUAAUUCCAGGGACAAAGUUUCCAGAAAUCCAGUUUUUGGAGAAUCACUGUGGGUCACAGCAACAGGUUGUGCAGUCAGUGUUCACUUUAGGCUCUCCGUUAAAUGGUAUGAAAUCUCUCUUAUUUUUACCAGAGCCACUGCUUGAAGAUGUAAAGUUUGUGAAGAUGAACAAAGAGCCAUUGCUUUGUGAUGCAGAUUAUGUGAAACUGAUUUCAGGCUCUGAGCUGCAGAACUUGAAAUGUGAGAUGUUUGCACUAGAGCCAUGUUUAAAAGAAAUGAAAUCUGUGGCAUUAAAUCCAGGGCCACAUCCUCAAGGUAUGAAUUCUGGGGAGUUGCCCUCACACCUCAGGCAGCACAGUGUGAGAUCUGUGGUGUUUGCACCAAAGCUGUAGCCAUGUUCUCAAGAUGUGAAAUCUUUGAAGUCAAACCUGUUGCCACAGCCUCAAAGUGCUAAUUCUUUAGGGUUGUCGUCACUAAGGUCACCAAGUGUUAAUUCUGAGGUCUUUGCUCCAGAACCAUGUUUUCAAGAUGUGAAAUUCGUAGAGUUGACACCAGGGUCCCAACAGCAAGGUAUGAGUUGCCGAAAGUUGAUUUCAGGAUGGCAAGGUAUGAAAUCAGUGGUGUUGGCACCAGAGCCAACUAAGAAGUUCAUGCCAGGACCAAUGUUGAGUAGUGUUAAAUUUUCAAAUUUGUCUCUAGAAUCACAGCAACAAGGUGAGAAACCUUUGGAAUUUACUCCAGAACCAAAGUUUCAAAGUAUAAAACAUGUGAAAUUGUCUUCAGUAUCUCUGCAACAAGAUAUAAAAUCUGUAGAGUUACCACCGGGGUCACUGCUUCAAAGAACAAAAUCUGAGGAGCUAACGCCAAAAAGAAGCUAUCAAAUCACAGACUCCUCUAAGAUAAUCCCUAGGCCAGGGCAUCAGUUUGUAGAACAUGCAGAGAUGAUCCCAACACCAAAGCAUCAAAUCUCUAAAUCUGUGAAUUUGAUUUCAGUACCAACUUAUCACAUCACAGAAAGGUUGGCACAUCAAGGCAAAGAAACCGUAGACAAACCUGUGGGGUUCACCCCAAAGCCAACAAGUAAAGCCAUGGAAUCUUCAGGAGUACCUCUAAGGCUAGAUCUUCAAGUACCAGAAUCUGUUGAUCUGACUCCUGUGCUAAGGAAUCAAGACUCUAAAUCCUUAGAAUUAACCCUAAAGAAAAUCCCAGAAACUCUAGAGUUGCUCUCUCAGUCAUGGCCUCAAGUUAAGGAUCUGGGGGAGUCACAUACAAGGCCACUGCAGCAAGUUGUAGGCUCUGAAGAGAUGACACCAGAGCCCAAGCAUCACACUACAGAAACUAUGGGGUUGACCUCCAAGGCAGGGCCAAAAGGGAAGGAAUUCUUUGGAAUGACCCCAAAGCCAGUAAGUAAAACCACUGGAUAUGCAGAGAGAGUUCCAAGGCCUUAUCCUCAAGCACUAGAAUUUGUGGAGGUGAUCUCCGAGAAAAGACUGCAAGGGGAAGAAUUGGAAGCACUGACUACAAAGUCAUUACAUCAUGUCCCAGAAUCUCCAGAGGUGACACCAGGGCUAGGAUAUCAAGUUCCUGAAUUUGUGGGUUCAACCUCUAAGCAAUGGCUUCAAAGAGAGGAAUCUUUAGAUUUGUCCCCAAAGGAAACAGGUCAAGUUGCAGGACAUGCUGAAUCUGGAGAGCUCACAUCUGAGACAUGGCAGCAAGGGGAUAGAUCAAUGGGGCUAACACAGUCACAGAAUCAACGUAUGAAAUAUUCACAGAUAGCUCCAGGACUACGGAGUCAAAUUACAGAAUUUAUGAGGAUUACUCCAAAGCCACUAGAUCAAGUCACAGGAUCUGCAAAGACGCAGCUUCAAGCUGCUCAACCAAUAGGGAUAACCCCAGUAGCCCCCCCAAAAGUUAUUGAAUAUGUGAAAGUGACUCCUGGGCCACCACUUCAGGUUGUGAAGUCUGUACCAUUAACACCAGGGCCAGCCUCUCAAAUGGUAGACUAUGUUGAGUUGACUCCAAAACUGCAACAUGUGAGACCUUCUGAGUCUACCUCAGGGCUAUGGUUGCAAAGUGUAAAAUCAAAGGAAUUAACCACACAGCCAAAACACCAAAUUUUGGAAAUAAUGAAGUUGACAGGGUUUCAAAUUGUAAAGACUGUGUUAAUCCCAGGGCCACCACUUCAAAUUGUAAAAUCUGAGGAAUUAGCACCAGGACCAAUUCCUCAGAUUGUAGAACCAAUAGGAGUAGCCUUAGGAUCAGCUAUUGAUUGUUUGGAUUUAUUCCCAAGGCCACAUCUUCAAGAAAUGGUAGAACCUGUAGAAUUAACUCCAAGGCCAAAUACCCAAGUAAAACCUGCAGAAUUACUCUCACAGCCAGCAUUUUCAUUUGAGGAACCUAGAGUGUUCACUCAUGAACAAGGGCUUCAGGCUGUGAAAGCAAAAGGGAUAAAAAUAGGGCUUCCUCAAAUCAUGGAAUGUAAGGAUUUGAAUCUAGCACAGGUAUAUCAGAAUAGGGAAUCUGAGGAUUUUAUGUCAAGAGAGGAGUUACAAAUAGGGAAUUAUUUCUCUAGAUUUCUACAGAACUCUUCAAACUCACUCAUCUCAAGCUCUGUUGAAGCAUCUGAAUUAGGAAGCCUUUGUGAUUUGGAGAUGCCAGAAGUAUCAAGGGCCUUGGAUAUAAAAAACCUUGGGACAGAUAUUUUGCAGCCUGAAGAGUCCUUUAUAGACCCUACUGUGAUACAAGCUUCAACCCUUCCCUUGUCCCUUCACAAUCAACCCUCUGAUAAGAUAGCUAACACUGUAGAAACCCCACAAUUUGAGAUCCCAGGAGUGGAUGUCAUAUCUAAGAGGACUGAUAAGAAGCAGGUGGAAAAGCUAGAGAAUUCACUCCAGUGCCUAUCCCAACAUCCACUGCAAAGCUGGCGAUCACCAUCUAGGACCUUCCAGUCAGGAUCAGGAACUCAAAGAGGCUUUACCUGGUCUGUCCUGGGCAGACAACAGAAUGUCUGGGAGAAUCACUCCUGGAGACAGCGACUACCUAGAAAAUAUCUCUCCAACAUGCUAAUGCUGGGGAAUGUCUUGGGAACCACUAUGGAAAAGAAGCUUUGUUCUCAAACAUCUUUAAUGGGAAGAGCAACUGAAGAUAUCUGUCAAUCUAUUCAGAAUUUAUUUGGGGUUCCAGCUGAACUGAUGGAAUUUUCCCAGAGUCUGCUAGAGAAGAGUCGAAGUAUUAUUUCUCAGACUUCAGUGUUCAAAAACUACAUUCAGAGACACACUUCAUGCCAUGGUCAUCAGCAAAGAAUAGCUUUAAGGAUGUGGACACGUAGCUCCAUGUCCUCCAUAAUACAGCAAUACUCUGGGAGUAGAACAAGAAUAAAGAAAGAUUCGAAGCUCAGUGAUAUAUCCCAGGAAGUCAUUCAGCACAUGCCUGUUUCACGUACAGGGGGCCAGCCUCCUGCCACAGUAGGUUUAGAGUCUUCCUUCAAUAUAGUUUUCACUAGGAAAGAUUCUGUUCCAGUGGAAGAGAGUGAGAACUCACAGAGUAAUUCACAGACGAGGAUUUUUGAGUCCCAACAGUGUCUCAAGCCAAGUUACCUUCCCCAGGCCAAGACUGACUUCUCAGAACAGUUCCAGUUGCUACAAGAUCUGCAGCUAAAAAUAGCAGCAAAACUGUUAAGGAGUCAGAUACCCCCAAAUGUACCUCCACCUCUAACUUCAGGUUUAGUUUUAAAAUACCCUAUCUGCUUACAGUGUGGCCGAUGUGCAGGAUUUAAUUGCUGUCAUAAAUUACAGGGCUCUUUUGGGCCUUACCUUCUUAUCUAUCCACAGCUCCACCUUGUAAGCACUCCUGAAGGCCACGGAGAGAUUAGGUUGCAUCUUGGCUUUAAGUUGCGAACUGGGAAAAGACCCCAAGUCCCAAAGUACCACAGAAGAGACAGACCCAUCACACCAAGGAGUCCUAUAUCACCAUCACUAAGGAAAGCUAAAGUCUAUACUCAAGCUUCCAAGAGUCCUACUUCUACAAUAGAUUUCCAGUCUGGAUCUUCCCAAUCUCCUGUACAAGUCCACAUCAGGCGAAGGCAGUAUAGCGGCCCUGACCUAGGAAAGACAGAAAUUGGAGAGCUGGGACACUAUGAAUUUACUCAAGUUCACUCUCUACCAGAGAGUGACUCUGAAAGCAAUCAGGAUGAAAAAUGGGCUAAAAGGAGAACCAAAAAGACCCAUAGUUCAAAAUACCCAAUGAAAAGAAUCACUAAGGGAGGCAGAACACAAAACACAAAGUUCUACACAAAUGGUAGAACCACAAUACGGAGUCCUUCUAGGGACUUACCAGCCCAGUUAAGAAGGAAGAGGAAUGGAGCAUCUCACACGAUUACUGCCUCUUUAAAAAGACAAUCUAAGAAAUCCUCCCAACCCAAAUUUAUUCAACUGCUUUUUCAAGGCCUAAAGCAAGCAUUCCAGACAGCACACAGAAUUAUGGCUUUUGCUGGGCCAAAGCCUGAGGACAGGUCAAGGCCAGACCAUUUGCGCUCAAGCAAAAACCACCAUCUAAAACAAAAAGCCAGAGAUUAUUCCUUAUCAAGAGAUAUCAAAAGAGACAGGAUGCCAGUUGUCAAGCUAAAACCAACAGACAUAACCACUAAGCAGGAGAAGAUAUUAUGGGAAGAAAUAGAGCAAUUCAGAUCACCUCAACAACCAAAAAGAGAUAGCUCUUUCCAACUCAGACGUACCCAACUGCCCAAGCCAAUAGUUUCUAAAAGAAGUGCCAUUUUCAAAACCACUUCAGUCGGACAGCGUAUGGGUAUUGUUCAAAAUGACAGUAGCAGCAAAGCUAAGAAAAACUUCUGCAGAAGUGAAAUCUCUAGCCAGGAGUCCAAGAACUCCAAAACAGGAACCAGAGUUCAAGCCCGAGGGAGAAAUCUACAUGGUUCACUUAAGAGAACCUCACAGAGUCACCUUAAAGAGAAAAUCACGCCCAAGAAGCGAAACCACCAUAGCUUCUUAAGGGAGAGAACCCCGUGUAAUUCCUCUGAAAGGAGCCAUCGCAGUCCCUCUGAGAGGAGAUGUCGCAGUCCCUCUGAGAGGAGCCGUCGAAGUCCUUCUCUAAAGAGCCACCAGAGUCCCUCUGAGAGGAGCCGUCGAAGUCCUCCUCUAAAGAGCCACCAGAGUCCCUCUGAGAGGAGCCAUCGAAGUCCUUCUCUAAAGAGCCACCAGAGUCCCUCUGAGAGGAGCCACCGAAGUCCUUCUCUAAAGAGCCACCAGAGUCCCUCUGAGAGGAGCCGUCGAAGUCCUUCUCUAAAGAGCCAUCACAGUCCCUCUGAAAGGAGGCAUCAGAGUCCUUCUGAGAGGAGAUGUCGCAGUCCCUCUGAGAGGAGCCGUCGAAGUCCUUCUCUAAAGAGCCACCAGAGUCCCUCUGAGAGGAGCCGUCGAAGUCCUUCUCUAAAGAGCCAUCACAGUCCCUCUGAAAGGAGGCAUCAGAGUCCUUCUGAGAGGAGAUGUCGCAGUCCCUCUGAGAGGAGCCGUCGAAGUCCUUCUCUAAAGAGCCACCAGAGUCCCUCUGAGAGGAGCCGUCGAAGUCCUUCUCUAAAGAGCCAUCACAGUCCCUCUGAAAGGAGGCAUCAGAGUCCUUCUGAGAGGAGAUGUCGCAGUCCCUCUGAGAGGAGCCGUCGAAGUCCUUCUCUAAAGAGCCACCAGAGUCCCUCUGAGAGGAGCCGUCGAAGUCCUUCUCUAAAGAGCCAUCACAGUCCCUCUGAAAGGAGGCAUCAGAGUCCUUCUGAGAGGAGAUGUCGCAGUCCCUCUGAGAGGAGAUGUCGCAGUCCCUCUGAGAGGAGCCGUCGAAGUCCUUCUCUAAAGAGCCACCAGAGUCCCUCUGAGAGGAGCCGCCGAAGUCCUUCUCUAAAGAGCCACCAGAGUCCCUCUGAGAGGAGCCAUCGAAGUCCUUCUCUAAAGAGCCACCAGAGUCCCUCUGAGAGGAGCCAUCGAAGUCCUUCUCUAAAGAGCCACCAGAGUCCCUCUGAGAGGAGCCAUCGAAGUCCUUCUCUAAAGAGCCAUCACAGUCCCUCUGAAAGGAGGCAUCAGAGUCCCUCUGAGAGGAGAUGUCGCAGUCCCUCUGAGAGGAGAUGUCGCAGUCCCUCUGAGAAGAGCCAUCAAAGUCCUUCUCAGAGGAGCUAUCACAGUCUCUCCAAAAGGAGCUAUCAGAGUCCCUAUGAGAAGAGAUGUUGCAGUCCCUCAGAGAGGAGAUGUUGCAGUCCCUCUGAGAGGAGCCAUCGCAGUCUCCUUCAGAAAACUCAUCACAGUCCCUUAGAGGGGAGAGGACACAGCCCUUUUGAGAGAAGACAGCACAGGCCCUCUGAGAGGAGCGGUCGCAGUUCCUCAGAGAGAACUCAUUGUAGUCCCUCUGAAAGAAGUGGACACAGGCACUCUGAGAGGAGCAGACACAGUCAUUCUGAGCAGAGCCAACACAGCCAUUCUGAAAGGGGCCAACAUAGUUGGUCUGACAAAACCCAUCUCAGUCCCUCUGAGAGAACUAGUCACAGUCCCGCUAAGGAGAGACUCAAGCACAGCUCCCCUAGGGAGAGACUCAGACAUAGUCUGUCUAAAGAUUGCAAGGUUACUCAAACACAUCUCCUAGGGACCACACACAGAUAUUCCAAAGCAGGGCAAGUUUAGAGGCCUGAAGCUAACAGAUGAGAAGAGAUUCGCGCCCAUUAUUCAUUGACUGGCUCAAGUCUUCACCGAGCUGCCCCUUUCCUGGCUUCUUUCCUGCUCAGCCACUGCCUCCAAUACCUGCAUCCUCAGCAAUCAAAGAGCCUUUACGCCUCUCUACCUGGGGGC